AGAGGGCGGGGAAAAACGUGCAGCUCGUGACGCUUUUCUGAAAAAAAGGAGAAGAAAACGAAAAAAAAAAAAAACUUGUUACAAGAUGGCGACGGCGAACUGCUUGUACACUGGAAAACAAUAGGAGCACCGGAGUGAGAGUGGAGUUUAUUUGUUCGCUCUGGGGUUUUCUUUUUGCACGGUUUGUUAGACACGGACUAGGUGCUGGUUGUUUUGCGGUUUGAGGAACUUUUGCUCCCCGCUCUGUGUGAAAAGUGGUUUAUUUAUCCCAGCAUGCUUUGUUAUAUUGGGGCUAGUUAGCUGUUUAGCUAGCUUGCUAGCUUGGCUAAUACAUCCGUAGCUUUUUGCUCGGUACUGUCUAGCUCUGUAGAUUUAAUACAGAUCAGCUGUUAGCCAGCUAGUUGUUUUUUAGUUCAAAAAAGGGGAAAACUUCGCGCUUUAAUAUUUUAAUGGCUGAGAGGUGGUUUUUAUGGUGUUUUACACGGAACGGGUGUUUGUGUCAGAAAUGUUGAUGGUCUGAAAGUUUGAUAGAGAGAAAAGAGAGAGAGGUGGUUAAGAAGGCUAAGUUAGGGAGAAGAAGUCUUUAUUAUUCCCCCAAAGUCAUCACAGGACAGGAGAGACAUUUUCUUCCCUCGAUUCUGGACAAAGUAUAUUUAUGUUUUUUUUUUUUCUUUGUGAUGACUUUCUGGUAAUUGUGACUCUUCUGUAGAUAGGCAGUUUACCAAUUAAUCAGCAGUUUGAUGAGCCUGUAGUCUCUCUCAGGCCACUUCUGCACAAAGUUUUUAAAAACUCUUAAAAACUCAUUUUUUAUUUCUGGUGUUACUGCAAACGCCAACGUGGAUGGCUCUAAAGUUUUAAAGCUUUUUUUUAAAGCUCCUUUUGAGGCUGAAUGUUGUUGAACUUUUUACCGCUCUGGAUGGAUGCCCUGGAUGUUAAGAAAGUCUACAUUGUAUAUUAAAAUACAAUGCUUAUUUUAGUUUGUUUUUAACUAGCUGGAAUUAAGAGUUAGAUUUCAGCCAGGAGAAAUCCAAGUGAUCUUGGAAGUUCCAGGGUGAGAGGGUGAGAUUGAGUGAGGAGGCGAUGGCGGAUUAUGUGGUGUCGCGACACAGCGCGGUGAUGGAGCGGCUCCGGCGGCGCAUCGAGCUCUUCCGGCGGCAUCACAACAGCUGCGAGAGCCGCUACGACAACACGGCCAUGGAGCGCCACGAGCUCGAGAGGCAGCAGACCUUCGCCCUGCACCAGCGCUGUCUGCAGACCAAAGCCAAGCGCUCCAACAAGCACCGACACCCGCAGACCGGGAGCGAGCAGGCGGCGCAGAGAGGAACCGGGAGCGCGGAGAGCGCCGAGGGAGGAGGAGGAGGAGGAGGAAGUGCGGCUGGAGAGCAGAGCCGAAACAGCACUCUGAUCGCGCUGCAAGAGACAGUAAAGAGGAAACUUGAGAACGCUAGCCCCCCUGGUGGCCGUGACCAGAUGAACGGAUUUGGUGAUGGCUACCCUCCGACCAAAAAAUCAUGUUUGGAAGACGCUUUGGGUAGUCUAAAUGGGACAUCAAAUGGCACCAUACCCCCUCUUUCACCCAUGGACACCAAACAUGGUUUGGCUGCUGACUUGGCGCUGAAUGGCACAUCAGCGGUGGGCACUGCUGAGCAAAAUGGCGUCGCUCUAUCCACUGACUCUGACAUCCGUCAGAAGGAGCUGAAGCAAGAGCCGAUGGAUGACAUCCUGCCUGCUGGCGGGGGCAAUGGCAACAUCAUUCUGCCUGACCUGAACCUGAAUGAGCAGGAAUGGACUGAGCUCAUGGAGGAGUUUAAUCGCUCAGUGCCUUAUGAAGAAAUCCAAGAGCUGUUUAAUGAUGGCUUUGAGGACCGCAAGGAUUCUGAGGUGACAUCUGGCUCAGUUGCACCUACCAGCCUCCUUCCUGCAGAUCUUGCUGGCACGGUGAAGACAGAGUUUUCCCCAGCACCAUCCUCUUCUGCCUUUGAGCAGGACACACGCACUGGGUCACCACACAUCCCAUCCGCCUCGUCUGGGCCUCCGAUGCAUGCCAGCUCCCCAAGCAUGUCGUCAGCCUCUGCCUCCUCACCUGCUCUGUCUGGACAUCAGCACAUGCAGCAGCAGCAGCAGCCUAGCCAGCCCAGGCCAUUGCAGAACCACCUGAUGCCACCCAAAGACUUGUCGCCGGCGCAACAGCUGCAGCAGUUAGCUGCUCGAGAGCAAAAAAGAGCAGCGCAGCUUAUGCAAAACCACCAGCACCAGGGACAGAAACAUCAGAAACAACAGCAGCAGCCGGCACCCAAAUUUCACCAGCAGCCCAAUCAUCCCUCCACUUGGCAGAGUGCCCCCCCUAAUCAGAGUCCACUCGGAGGUGGCGCAUUUGGCCUGGAAAAGCCUACCAGCCCCUCACUCUUUCCCUCUGACUUCCAGAAUGCUAAGUCCCUCCUCAUGUCUGGUCAGAAGCCUGCUAAAGGCUCUCCAAAAGCCAGUGCCCCAGGGGCAUACAUGCCAUCCAGUGGGCACCCUAUGUUGGGACCUGGUGCAGCCGGAACCCUCAGCCAUCAACCAGCCUCUGGAGCCCCAACCGCCAUGUUGGACUACAACAACACCAAACCGCUGAGCCACUUUGAGGCUGGGGGACCACGAGGCCCUGUGAACACACAGAGCCAGAGCAAAGCAGUGCUGAACCUCCUGCAUCAGCAGCGCCAGCAGCAGCAGCUCCAGCAGCACCAGCAACAGCAGCAGAUGAAGCCGAGGCCUGCUGGCAUGCCGUUCAGACCUCCAACACAUCUCCCACACUCGCAGCAGGAGACAGGUGCUUACCCAUCUGCCGCUCACGUGCCAGGCCCAGGUGGUGCCAUGGUAACACAGCAAGGUGGCAAUGGCAUGGCGGCUAACCACAACAAUGGAGCGUAUUUGAGUGGCUUGCAGAAGCAGCAGCAGCAGAUACAGAUGUUGAGUCCCCAGCAGAAACAGUUCCUCCAAAGCCAAAUGUUGGUCGAGCAGGAGAAACAGCUGCAACAACAGGAGCUGCAGAUGCAGAGGCACUUAACACGUCCACCACCUCAGUACCAGGACCAGCAGAACCCAUCUACCCAGCAAAACCCAUUCCAGCAGAAGCCACAGGUCUCACAGUUUCCAGGUUCGUCCCAAGCGAUGGGCAGCGUAAACUCCCUUGGUGGCCCUGGUCCUGUUGUUCAACGCAUGUUUUCUCAAAAUCAAAGCAUGAUGGGAAUUGGUCAGGGGGCUGGUCCUGCCCCCGGAGGUCCUCCUGCAGCCUCUCAAGCAGAUCUGAGUCUGUCAUCUUGUGCGGGUGGUCUUGAAGCCCAGCAGGUCCUUUACGCAAACAUGUCUAUGCAUCCGUCCCACGCCAGCCAGCAGCGAAUGCCCAUUUCAGCAAUGCAGAACUACAGACACAAUGUUGUUCUAGCCCAGCAGGCGGCCCAUCUCAAACAGCAGCAGCUGGCACGUAUGCCUAACAGUAUGUCCGGUGCUAUGGCUAACAACAUAAGCUCCAUGCCUAGUUCAAUGCCCAACACCAUGACCAGUAAUAUACAGGGUGCAAUGCCCCCACAGGCCCAGUCAUGGCAACAGCAACAGCAUCCAGGGCUUCAACAAGGCAUGGCAGGUCAGCCUAAUACGAACAAUGGUGCCUUACCUGCUGGCUUUCCGAACUCUAGUUUCCACAUGCAACCCAGGAUGACCAAGAUACCUGGCAGCCCUUCCUUCACCCAGGCUGGCUUGGGGAAUGGUGCAGCUGCCAGGGCUAUGGUGGGUAUGAAUCCGGGGCAGAUGAUGCCCAGCAUGGCCCAGCAGAGAGCCAAUAGCGCUGCCAUGGCGCAGCAGCAGCCUCAGCAGGGACAGCCAGCAGCACCUCAGUCACAGCAGGUGCUCCCUGACCUGGUGCAGUUUGGACAACCACAGGGCGCUCAGGUGCCUAACCGCACUGCAGGCAUGCAGUGCAACCAGGCCUACCAGGUCACCCGGACACCCAAUCAGCAGCUGCCUUUUGGAUAUAAUUCCCAGUCAGCGGGCAGCUUAGCCAGCUUUCCUGUUGAUAACGACCUGGACUCGCUUUUAAAGAACCAGACUACACAGGAAUGGAUGGAUGACCUGGAUGCGCUCUUGGCCAAUCAUCAGUGAUUGGUGCUCAAAAGAGAGUGACGUGAACAUUAUUGACUGUUCUCUGGUCAGAACUGCUGUACUGUGCGUGUGUAGAUGUGUCUGAUAGAAUGAAUAUUGGGCACAAUAAGCCUGUGUGUUUUAAGGAUUCCUAGGGCUUUUAUAACAAUUUGUGAAGCUGAAAGGGAAAAAAAAAACAUUCUACUACUGAUCCUGUGGCUCAGUACUAAAACCACUGAAUUACACCCAAAUUUGAUGGGUCAUGUGAUGGACCAAGCUAGCAGGCAUGAAAAAGCUGUGUGCAAAUAAAAAAGAGAGGGUUAUUAUUUAUCAAAAAAACACCACCACCACACAAUCCACAACAGAGAAAUCAGGUUCAGGAUGAACACAGAACAAGCGACCCAGGAUUACCUUCAAAUAAAAAUAAAAUUAAAUAAAAAUUAAAAAAAAUACACAGAACUGGCUAAACUGAACCAAUUGAUCAGAGACAAACUAACCUCUGCCUAACGAAAAACAAAGGAAAGCACAUAUACCAGCUGAUCAGGCCUUUUUGAAAGAUAAACACAAUCAAUAAAUACAUAUAAACAAGAUUUUUUGUCAAUUUACAAAAUCUAACAAUUUACAAAAACUUAAAUGCAGAAAAAAACUUCUUUUAUCUAAAUACAUUAACAUCUCUAAACAAAAAGUCCCCCCAUUUGUACAGAAGUCUUGGUCUGAUCUUUGGCUUGGGCCUCACAGGAAGGGAAAGUCAGUCAGGUAGCUCCGAUGAAGAUAUAGAGAAAAUAAUACCAUGAGGCAUUCAAAUCAAACCGGGGCUUGUGAAUGAAGGUGUAAAAACUGACUGACAUUUACAGACAGCCUCAAGUACAGUGCGGUGAUGAGACUCUUCGCUCCAAUAAAACAUUAAAUAGUUGAAAAAAACGGUUUUAUCCCGGCUGAGAUCGCUUAGAGCUUACUGCAGUUGUUAAUGUGAACAUUCAGAAGGUGAAAUGUCGAAUCCUUAAAGAUUGACAUACAGUCCUGACCUUGUUCCAAGGCAGUUCUACAUGUUCGGUCCAUUUAAAGGGGUACCUGGGAGGCCAGCAUUUCAGACAUGAAGCGGGUUGUCUGAUCCUGAGAAAACUGUCCACCAAGAUGGUAUGCAAGCACUAGUGAAACACUGGGACAAGUAUAUUAGUAUAGCAAGGGAUUACAUAGAGAAAUAAAGGGAGUUUUUAGCCCAAAUACCUGUUUUUGACAUUCUGCACAAUUAAAAUUCCCGGUUUGACUUGAACAUCCGUCAUAUAAAUAACAAUAAUAAGAAGAAAGUGUUAACUAAAUGGAUGCACUUCAUUUAUCAAUCUGUGUAGUAUCUUCAAUACUAAUUAAUUACAUUUUAAACCCAAAUUUGUGCAAAUGAAUAUAACUAAACAUGUGACUGUGCUGUGGGUGAGUGUAUGAAGCACACUGCUUUUUAUUUCCCUUCUUGCUGAGAAGGCUAUAUACAUUUGCUAGAAUUGGCGCUUAUGUGCCUAAAAAGCUGGAUAUCCAGGCCAAGGCCAGACAGAAAAAGUCUGCAUGCUUUAGAUGUUCGUGGUCUGUAUUCGAGACCAUCGACUUGUUACUGAGGGUAGCCACCAUAAAUGCUCUUUCCACUCAAUUUCCACAAGCCUUAGUUCAGACCCAGGGCCUUAAAUCGAAUAUCAUACCCGCAAACACUUGUGGCUGAUUCCAAGAUGGGGUUUAUUUUUUCUUUUGCUCACUGUAUUGGUUCGAGUUCGAAAUCUCUGCUUCUCCGACUUCUCAUUUUCUGUUUAAAAAAAAAAAAAAAAAAUUCUGUUGGACAUGAGCACCUGAGGAAGGUAAUGAUUCAGCAUUAUGCUAAAACACUAAAAUGGACAUUAACACCAUUUCUGAUAAAGGUUACACUAAAUCAGAUGUUUUUUCCCUUCAAAUGUUUCUAACCAUUUGGAUAGGUGAAGGUGUGCUGUCCACUUAUUAUUAUUAUUAUAAUUUUUUUUAUUUCUAAAUCUUCCCAAACCCUUUGUGUUUGUUACAUCAGGGUCGAUUGAACAUUCCACCCUGAGAAAUGUGUAUGCGUGUGCAUAUGCCUGUGCGCGCAUUUGGGUCUCAAUUGACGUAUGGCUUAUCUGUCUGCAUCUAGGAGCAAGUUUAUUUCAGUAUCUGACAUGGCUCCUUGUUUAUUUAUAUAUAUAUAUUUUUUGUAUGUAUGCAUUUCCUAAUGUUCUCAAGAAGAUAGAUCUUAUUUUUAUAUGUACAUUGUUGCGGAUUUUUGUAAGUAUUUUAUACUUUUUAUUAUUGUUCUCUGCAAAAAAUGGAGAGUAUUAUGUAAAUAUAGUUCCUAGAAACA